GGAGGAAGCUCCCAUAAAACUGUUGCGUUCAUUGUGCAAACUUUCAGUUUCGUUGGGGCCACGCUGGUGGUUGAUUCGAUAAUACGUUGCAGAGACACAGGUCCCCGAGUGAAGCCUAAAUCGGAACGAACCCCCUACGCCCUCCCACACUAGCAAUGCGUCUGUACUGGAAUUUCUUGGCUGUGGCGAUGCUGCUGCUGGUCGCGACCGCCUCUGGCCUGAGACCGGCGAGGUCCUUCUACCGCAGGAGCUACUACAGCGCACUGGCCCCGGGAUCCGGCCAGGGCUCGGGAUCAGUGCCAGGCCCCAUACGACUGGCGCCCUCCGGCUACCUGCGCUCCGACCUGCAGACCAACGAGAGCAAGCGCCGGGAUGUGACCAAGAAGUAUCCCAAGAAAUCCCACUACAGGCCCUACGGAUCGGAGGAAGAUGACUAUUCCGGAGAGCGCUACAACUCGGCCGAAUACUCAGGAGAGUCGUCGGUCCAAGACAGUCGCGAGUACACCAUCGGCACCCAGAUACGCGUCCAGCAUCCCAUCACCGUCCCCAAAAAGGCCGCCCCCAUCUCCAGCUACGCCAAGCAGCCCAAGUACGUGACCGCCAUUCCAUACAAGAGCGGCGGAGGCUACCCAUCCGAGGGGCACGUGGGAUCUGGUGAGGAUGUGUCCCCACCCAAGCGCUCCAAGUGGACUCCGGUGCAGUACGAGCCAGAGCCAGAUCCAUUCCACCUGGUGCCACCGCCCAAGGGCACGGCCUCCUACAGCAGCAACUCCUACAGAGUCUUCGAGCCGGAUCACGAUGACUACGAGGUGGUGCCCGUGCCCGUGCCGCAGCCCAAGAACCACGACCGCUACAAGAACGUGGCCUCCAAGAAACAGAUCGAAGCCUACAUCGAGGACCAGCAGAAGCUGCUCGAUGACGCCAUAAAGCUGCAGCUGCUCAGCAACCCCAAGCUGCAGAAGUUCCUCAAGGCGCAGGCGCACGAGCACGAGCAGGAGUCCAGGCCCGAUCUCGACAUAGAGGACUUUGAGUCCUACCCGCCACCCAACUUCUCCGGCCCCGGCCCCCUGCGCAGCAAGUACGUCGAGCACCCACCACCUCCGCCGCCCAAGGGCACGCGCUCCCGCCGACGUCCACCCAGCGGAGAUCUGAAACGGGCGCCCAAUUCGAAGCCGUUCAACAAGCCCAAGCGGAAGUACAGAUCAACGGCACUGGUCAUCAACGUGUAGAGAGCUGCGGUAGGGCAGCAGUUAGUCCUAAAGAUACUCUACUCCACGUAGAUUAGUUGUAAUACAUACUUAUAUGUAGGGCUGUACAUAAUAAAAGACCAU